AUGAGCGUGCAGAACCUCAACACUUUCGAUCCCUUCGCAGACGAGGGCGACCCGCUUCGCAGCACUGAGGACGUCGGGUCCCAGUCCAACUACAUCCACAUCCGUAUCCAACAGCGCAGCGGGCGCAAGACCCUGACCACCCUCCAGGGCCUCCCCAAAGAGUAUGAUCUCAAGAAGCUGCUGAAGGCAUUCAAGAAGGAAUUUGCUUGCAACGGGACCCUCGUCGAUGAUGAGGAGGCCGGUCAAGUCAUCCAACUCCAGGGUGAUCAACGACAGAAGAUAAAGGCACUCCUCACUUCGGAAGGCAUCGCUGCCGCCACUAUCAAGGUCCACGGAUUCUGA